AGCAGUUAUAACGGCGAGCAAUAUGUUGUCGGAGCUAGUACUGUAGUUCAUCGAACAUUUUCGAUUUUCUUUUGAGGACGUAGCGACCUUAGACCUUUGAUAUAAUCGGCCUAUCUUUCUACUUCUACAUUUUCUAUUCAUUAUGAAACGCAUGAACAGCAUGGCACGUACGGUGAAACUGACCGACACAGAGCGACUCAUCUUCCGGGUCUUUCUCGACACAUGUAAGCACUUUGAACUGAAAACGACACUCCGGGCCGCCGGGGGAUGGGUCCGGGACAAGCUGUUGGAUAUCGCGUCGGACGACCUAGACAUUGCGGUCGAUGACGGCACCGGCGAGGAGUUCGCCGACAAAGUCGAAGCCUACGCAAAAGUGGUGCACGCGCAAGCCGCGGCGAAUGAGGGUAACGCGCCGAGCUACGCCAACCAGCUGAAGGUAAGGGUUUUUUUGCGCGACAACUACGUGGCUGUACACGACCUCCCGAGCAACAACCGACUUGAAAAAAGUUCACACAUUGUUGCACUGCCUGUGUCUACUUUAUGUUUCAUGCACGUCUUGCUAGAUCGCAUGAUAGACAUUCGAAUGCUGCAACUUUUUGCGUAAAUACAAAUUUUCUAUAAUCAGAUUUCCUCCGUCGGCAAUGUCCGCAAAAACCCGGAGCAAUCGAAGCACUUGGCCACCGCGUGCUUUCGCAUUUGCGGCGUGUCUGUGGAUAUCAAAUGUAAAAAUGUCUGGGUCUGGAAGAAUGCGCGAUUUGUCAUGCUGCUUUUCCAUGACCCAUGAGGUCUGGAAUGCAGGACCUAGCAUGACAGAUUCUGCGAGACCGUUCUAAUGCCUAUCCUGCGUGAGAAACUCCCUCCCGACUUGGUCAAAACUGGACGACUUUUGGUAGUCAGGCAACGCAGAUUUUUGCAUGCUUCAGAUUUAGCAUGACAAGUUGCAUUCUUCCAGACCCAGACACUUUUACUGUUGAUAGUGGACGUGACGAACCUGCGGACCGAGACGUACGCCGAGGAAACCGGUCGGAUUCCGGUGGUCGAGAUCGGCACCCCGUCGGAGGACGCGCACCGCCGCGACUUGACGAUCAACAGUCUGUUUUACAAUCUACACACGGAAUCUGUCGAAGAUUUCACGAACAAGGGCGUCGAAGAUUUAAGCAACGGCUUCAUCCGCACCCCUCUGAACCCGGAAAUCACCUUUCUGGACGACCCUUUGCGGGUCCUGCGCGUGGUCCGCUUCGCGUGCCGCUACGACUUCGAUAUGGACCCCGCGAUCUUGCAAGCCAUGCUGAAACCGAAAGUGCAGGCUGCGUUGGCGGACCGGCGCGUGUCGGCGGAGCGUCUGGGCACGGAGAUGGAGAAAAUCAUGAAGCACGGGCGCUCGCCGGUGCGGGCCCUGCAGUACUUCUUGUCCACGGGCUGUCUGGAGCCGAUCUUUUUGGCGAAAUCCGUGCCGCUGGUGGUCGUGGAUGGCGCGGAGGACAACAAGGUCCUUCUGCCGAGCAUAAAACCUUCUGGUACAACAGGCGGCGACGAGUCGACGCCAACGGCCGUGAGUUCUUCCGGUCGUGCGGACGACGAGAAGCAGGCCAGCACGUCCCCACCCACGAAGAAGGCAGCGUCGCUAUUGAGAGGAAAAAUCCCCCCUCCCCAUAUUGGAAAGGCAAGUUUAGAAAAAUUUGUGUUGCGGAUUUGAGGUCACAAAUCACAUCUGUCUUGCAAGAAGACAAGGGCAGAAGCUUCCGCCCCAUUAUGGAAGCGAUUUGUCAUGCUGUUGGGUCUAAGGGGGAAUCGUUUGCCAUGCUGAAUAGCUAGACACAUGCGCCUCUACCUAGCCUGGGGGCCUGGCCGCAAUGCCUCUCUGCAAUACAGAGCUGAUUUGUGGCCCCAAAUCAGCGUCACAAAUUUCCGUUUUGAUAUGGGGUGGGGGGAUUUUUCAUUUUGAUAGUCGCCCGCGAGGUCCGCGUCGCGGAGCUGGAAGGACUUCGUGCCGCCGUCCAGGGUAUCAACUGCAAAAAUGUCUGGGUCUGGAAACCUGUGAUGCUGGGUGGCGUCUCAUGAUGGGGCUACGAAUGCUGGCUCAGCAUGACAAGUUUCUGAGCUCCUAGGUGUUGCUUAUUCUGCAUGACAAACUGCGCCUCUGCAUCACAGAAAAACGGAGCUCUUGGGUAACGUGCAUGACAGAUUCAAGAGUCAUGCCAGACAAGCAUGACAGACAUGAAUUCUUCCAGACCCAGACAUUUUUACAGUUGAUACAGGGACGUGGCCUGGAGCUUGCCAAGGCCGCACUGGUGGCAGCUCGUCGGCUACAUCACAACGGAUGUCGCGGAAAAGCGUUUGCAAGAAGAGGUGAAAAGAAAUAAAGCAUCGGUAUCAUCUUCAUCCACUUCGAAGAGCACUAGUAACAAUAAUCAAAUCUCCUCGGAAACUAUCGCAACCGUCCGGCUUGCUGCGCUGUUGAUAAGUUUCGGCAACUGCAAAACCACCGAAGGGAAGAAGCAGGUGGAUGCGGUCUACGCCAUGCUGUGGAAAAACUUGGUCUUGAAGAAAGCAAUCAGCGAAACGGCGGCGGCCCUGGCCCGGACCGCGCUAACUGUGUUUCUACCAGAAUUGGAGGCAGAAGCGGCCGAGAGGAUUGAUGAGAAAAACACUUCUGAGCAGGUCGCUGAAACUACGCAGCGAUUUGUUCGCUUGGGUACGGCGAUGCGGGAACGGAAGGAAACCUGGAAAUUUUGCCUUUUCCUCGCCGAGGCGGUGCGUGUCGCAAAGUUGCGCCUCGCGGAACGGAUAGAAUCGACGCAAAAUAUUAAAUCAACAUCUGAAGAGCAGGAACAAGACAACAGCACCGUCGAGACAUCGGCCGCGACACUGACGAAGCUGCUUGCCGCGAAGAGCGUAGGGACCGAACAGCAAGCGAAAGAGGAAACAAAGAUUGAGGAACAGACGGACGCACUGCUAGAGCAGAUUUACAAACACGGAUUGGACGCCUGCUGGACCUGGACUCCGAUGUUUCCGGGGGACAAGCUGCGAAAGGACUUCGAAGUGGGGAAGGGGCCGAUCAUGGGGGAGCUGAUCAAAGCGCAGAUCGACUGGAGACUAGAAAAGCCGGGCAUUACCGAGGACGAAGUUCGGGCAAAGCUGAACGAGAAACUCGGUCGGUCGGAAGGUGGCAUCUGCGGCAGCUCCAAAACUGAGCAACGAUCUUGCUGCGUAUAAAGCUAGAUGAAAAGAAGAAGGCCGACUACACGAAAAAUACAGCGACUUGACUUUGAAUGACGGGCGAAUGUGUUUUUUUCUUGGAAAAAAAUCGCGCCGCCAAAAACAGACUGAUUUCCAAGAAACAAAUGGAUGCUUCACCA